UUACACUUGGCACAAUGCAGUCAGGCAAGUACUAUUCUCCUGGCAACCGCCAAAUCCAGACACAUCCAUCGGAUUGCCAGAGAAGUGUGAUUCAUCACUCCAGAGAGCACAUCUACACUGCAGUCCAGUGGCUUCAUGGCUUAGUUAAUGCUGUUCUCAGUUGCUUCCACUUUGUUAUAAUACCACUAACAGUUGACUGUGGAAUAUUUAGUAGCAAGGAAAUUUCACGGAUGGACUUACUGCACAGGUGGCAACCUAUCACAGUACCACGCUUGAGUUCACUGAGCUCCUAAGAGCGACCCAUUCUUUCACAAAUGUUUGCAGAAGCAGU